AUGAAUCCUUAUUUAAAGCAGCAAUUGUCUCAGAUAUCAAGCGGCAAAUCAUUUUUUAGCAAUGAAAAUGAGCCUAACAUAAUUUAAAGGAGAGGAUCUUAUAAAGCAAACAACUCUUACAAUUAGGAAGAUAUACCCUUGAUCUCAUAAAAAAAUAAAAAGUAAAGGAACUCUAUAAAUUCAAUAUUAUAUUAGAAAAAUGCAAGUAUUGUUCAUAGAAUUAGCAUGCAGAGGAAUAGUAGGUUUACAAAGGUUUUAAAUCUUUAAUCGUCAGGAAUUUUAAAUAGAUUUCGUACUAAAGAUUGGGAUGUAAAAAAUGAUUAUAGAAAUAUGUCUCCAUUUUUAUCUUAGCUUCUGGAAGACAGAGAUAAAUAUGAAGCUUUUUUGAACGGAUAAUAGCAGGUGCGGUUAAACAACGAUAUUGACACUGAAAUUGUAUCAUAUAUUUUAAGAAAAGCAUAAAAAAAGAGAUGCGAAAUAGAUUAUGUUAAGCGAGCUUUGAAAAAUAUUAACAUAUUUGCAGACACGAUUGACCUUUUCACAUCAAAAGAUUCAGAAAAUAAGUUAUUCGAGCAGUUUAAUAUCGAGUUCUUUCCACCUUAAACAGAAAUCAUAGAGAUUAAUGAGUUUGGUGAAAACUUUUACAUAAUUCUCAAAGGAAAGGUUGCUUGUUUUACACCCCUUUCGUGGACUAAAGGAUCUAAAAAAACUCCUACUUCUGCUGCAAACGACUUACCUUAGUCUAGAUUUUCUAACCAGAUUCAGAAUAAAGCAUCAGAAAUAAAAAUAUGCGAUAUUUUACAGCCAAUGCAAUAAGAAACUUUUAAUAAUUCUGAAUCUAUUUUAAAUAAUCUAUACCACGAUAUGAAAUAUACAAAAUCAUUCAAACAAGGAGAGUAUUUUGGUGAGAUUUCUCUUCUAACUAAGCAAAAAAGAACUGCCACUAUGAUGUCAGAGGAUGAUGUGAUAUUAUUGACUAUUACUAAAAAGGGAUUUAACUUACUAUUAGGUACCAAACAACAAUAAGACUUGAGAGAAAAAAUGAAAUUCCUUAAAAGAUUUCCUUUUUUAGAAAUCCUUUCUAAUGCCAAGCUUCUCUCGCUUCUGCAUGACAUAAAAGAAGUAGAUUAUCCUAACAACGGAAAAAUAGUUUAUUAAGAAAAUGAUUUGGCAGAGAACAUUUACUUGAUUAAAUCAGGAUAAGUUCAGAUUUCUUAUAAAAAAGAAAUUAAAUAAUCUAGCUAAGAUUAAACAAUAAAUUUAUUAAAGUCCCCCAAAUCAAUAAAAUAUCAGAAAGUACCAUUGAUAAUAAAAGGUCCUAAUACUUACUUCGGAGAGGAAGACAUACUUCAAAAUGAACCAAGAAGGACAAACUUUGCUGAAGUUAUUUCUGAAGAAGCAGUUUUAUAUGUAGUUAAUUUUAAGAAUUUGAUGAUAUAAAUGAAAUUUUUUGGAGGAUAGAAUAUAAUAUUUGAUAUGUUUAACUUAAAGAAAGAUUGGGAAACAAAUAGAAAAAGUAACAUUGAAAAAAUAAAAAAUAAAUUUGAUAAGAUAAAAAAUAAGGUACAGAAACCUAAAGAGUAUUAAACAAACAGAGAUAGUAGUUUUUUGAGUUCAUCUGGUAUGUCUCCAUAGAAUUCUUUGAAAAAAGAUAAAAACGAGUCCUACUUAGAAUUAUCUUUUAAUUCUCCUUCUCAUAACUAGACAACAAAAAGGAGUUCAUCAAACACCAUCACAGAAAAUUUAAAUAAAAGCAAUUAAUUUAAUUUCACGUCUAGAUAUAAUUAAGAGGAAUCGUACUCUAUUAAAAACCAAAUAAAUAAUAAAUCAGCUUCUAAUUUGUAUAAUACUCUUCACUACGAUUUUGUACAUGAAAAUACGGCAUAAUAAUAGAAAUUUUAACAGCACGCUUCUCCUUCCUCUUCAAUUUAAAAAUCAUAAUAAAUAUAACCUCAAAAUUAAAAAUAUAUUCUUACAAGUGGCAAAUCUAAAAAAUUAAUUCCUAUUCUCAACUUAAAUUAAGGAAAUUUAAGCGAAGAUAGAGCCUUUAUGAUAAAUAGUUAAGAUUCUGAGCUAUUAAAAAGUCAAAGCCCUAAACAUGUUUCUGAAAGAAAUUACAUGCUUGGUAAUUAGACUGAAAAACCAGGAAAAAAUUUUAAUAGUAAAUUAGUUAUAAAAAAUUUUAUUGAAGAUAGAAAACAUAGUGUCGAUUGCUUAAAAAAAAGUAUAGAAAUAAAAACUAAUGUAAUCACCUCUAUUCAUCAAGCAAGCAAAUAAAAAAACAAUAAUUCAAAUAGUUUCUUAAUGUAAGUAAAUUAUAAAAACAUGCUAAAUGAUAAUAAGAAAGAAAUGAUUUCCAAAUACGAAAAAAAACAAGAUAUUUAGACUUAGCUAGUUGAUAUGAUGAGGAGUAGCGUUGUCCAAGACACUAAAAAUUUAGUGAAGUAUAAAAAAUAAUUUUUAAAUAUUCUGCAAAAAAGAAGAGUUGUAGGAAAUUAUGAAACCUUCUAAAAUGACUAUUUUUAAAUUCCUUCAAAGUUAUUGCAAAGAUGUUUAUAAUAAAAAAAGGUUGUAUAUAAUGAAUUUAACCCAAAUUCUUAUUUUUAAACUGGUGAAGCAGAACUGAUAAUUGGUUCAGACUCAAAAAAAGUAAAUUAGCAAAAUUACUAUAAUAAGUUCUUCAACAAUCUUGUCAAAUAUGUUAAUAACGAAGCUCAAUAAAUUGAAAAAGAUUAAAAAUGA